AUGGCCGGCUUCUUCCCCCCCAUUUCCUUCGACCCGUCGGACACGGUCGAAGAGGCCUUCAUCGCGCCUCCCCCCAAUGUCAUGGAGAACAAGGAAAUCCUCGAAGAGGCAGAGAAGCGCGCUCUUUACGAGGAUUUCGCGAGCGUGGGCAUCAUGCCGGACACGUACCUCUCUCUCGACGAGCUCCUCAGCCGACUGCGGCGCUCCCGACAGAGCUACGAUGAAGAGAUGAUUCGGCGCAUCUUCUGCGCGCUCUCGCCCUACUCCGUGACUGGGACAAACUACAUCUCUGGGCGGACCUUCAUCGAGUCCUACAUGAAACGCCGCCGCGAAUUGGCUGCAGUUCUCGAGACGGCGCGCGCCGAGCUGGAGAGCGCCGAGCGCAUGCUCGAGCAGGCCCGGACGAACCUGCAACACAUUGAAAGGAACCCCGCGGCAGCCAUCGGAGAAGAAAGCAAAUUGACCGUCCAGGUGGUGUCGGUGCAAAACCUCGAAGACACGUCCGUUGUGUCUCCCCCGGAGGGAAUCCUGUACAAAGUGCAUCUGGAGUGCCAGCAACAAGUCAUUGAGACGCAACCCGCGCCGAUGCGCCAAGGCAGUUGCUACUUGAACGAAAUUUUCUCUUUUGAAAUCAACAAACGCGAAGGCAGCCUGCGUCUCUGCCUCGUGCGCGUUGACCCUUACGGGGGCCCAGACGAGCUCGUCGGAGACUGUGCCGUUUUGCUCGACCAGCUUGCAGAUCAGAAGAAGCACGAGAUGACCAAGGAGAUCUGGGGCCACAAGGGCGAGAUUCUCCUGUCCUGUCAAUGGAUUUACUCGAAAAAGCUGCUGUAUAAUACGUAUUUGGGGGAGUUUUCGGUGCGCCGCGACGUCAAACUUCGGGAGAUUUCGGAUUACCAGAUCGAAGCAGACAAGUUGAACAAACCGUUCGGGACACCCGAGAAGGCGACUCGGGGUCUGUGCGGAGCUUUCGCGUCUGGGCCGGAAUACCUCUCCAAGCUCCUCGACCAGCUGCGCGUGUAUCUCAAGCUGAGCAGUUGGAUGGCGACGAGCCAGCACAUGGCCGCGCUCACGCUCUGCCUCUCGUGCAUUGCGGGGUUUACUCGCCCAGUUUUCCUCGAUCAAAUGGUCUCAGCCUUCGCAUUCUGGAACAACAUCGAUCCUCGCCGCUGGACGGUUCAUCGAUACUCCUUCCUCAUGCUUUGCUGCGCAGUCGGAGUCUUUUACGACCUUUGGUGGAUGCGAAUCUAUUUCAACGCCUGGAACCUCCGAUCUGUCGAGGCGGACAUCCACAACAUCACCAAAGUGUUUUCGAUCUUUCUCUGCAUCUGGAAAAUCGUGCACGGCAACGAGCUCUCGACAGCCACGGGGGCGUACAUCCCCUUAAAGGUUGAGGAUUCGACAGUGUUGGGUCUCAGCUCUUCAGUGCCCCGCAGCGCUGGCGCCUCGGUCUACUUGGCGAAAGGCAGCGACUGUUGA